AUGUAUAAUUUUAAAAGUUUCAUUUUUUUAAAAACGUCAGCGCCCUUCUGACUAUGACCCGGAAGGUGAUCCGUUUAAAACACUCGUGAGUUGUUCUUAGAAAAAGGUGCUGGAAGAGCUCCUCUCCUUUCCCUGACCGAAAUGGAGGUUCAUGGCAUCCUGAAAGCCUUCCCUAAAGUAAAGAGACCCAGGUCUAAUGAGCAGAAGGACGCGCCUCCCCUCAAGAAGACGCCUUCUGAACCAAUAACAGGUACAGUUUUCCAAGGAACCAAAAUAUACAUUGUUCCAGCUGGUAUAGGGAAGUCCAGGUGUGAUAUAUUCCAUCGGCAGGUCAUCCAGAAUGGAGGAGAGGUAGUUUCCACAUUCUCUCCCAGCUGCACACACGUCAUUGUUGAUGAUUCAGUGGAUUGUAAGAGAGCUUUGAGACUUCUGAAAGUGGAAAGACUGCCCUCUGCUGUUCAUCUGGUCAAAUGCACUUGGUUGAGUGCCUGCAUCAGUGAGAAAAGUUUACUAGCCCCUUUAGACUACAGCCUUCUUCCUCCUGAGAGUCCCACAGCUGGUCUGGCCGAGGAGUCAAAUGAGACGGCGGUCAGCCCAGUUCCAGAUGUAGCAGCAGCACAGGAACCUUUGAAAAUCCUUGAAAAUCUCACCGAGACGGUGCCAGAGGUUCAGGAGGAGCACCAUGAUUGUAUCUCAGAACGAUCCCUAGACCAUCAUCAUUCACCCAUCACCCAUAAAAAAGAAACAACACAGAGUCAGGCAGAGAAUCCCGUUUUGUCUGGGAAGUGGGUCUGUUCCCAACCAUCCACAACUAAAGGGGAAAACCAUAACAAGCACGCCCAUUCACAAAACUGGGAGCCGCUGGCCAAAGCCUAUACACACACGGGUGAUAAAUGGAGAGCUCUGGGCUGUAUCAACGCCCUCAAGAGCUACCAUAAGCCCAUCACUUCAUAUGAGGUCAGUUCAGAUACAGAUAUGAGAAACGAAAUGUUCACUAACAUCUGGGGCGCUGGGGCCAAGACUGCUCAGAUGUGGUAUCAACAAGGAUUUCGCACAUUGGAGGAUAUUCGCACUAAGGCGGUCUUGAAUCCCACUCUAAGGAUUGGACUAAAACACUACGAUGACCUCCUUGAGCGGAUGUCGAGAAGUGAAGCAAGUGCCAUCGAGAAAACGGUUUGUACAGACCUUUUUUUUUAAAUGGCCUGCAGUAAAGAAAAUAGCCAUAACCAAGCAAUUAAACUGAGGGCCUUUCUUUGUUCUUACCAUCCAUAACAACAUCGUCUGGUUGUGAAGAACAAGAAUGUAUCUACUUGAUUUUCACAGCAGUAAAUAAUAAAACUGAAUUUCAAAAAGACAAGCAAUCAAAAAAAAUGAAACCAAUUUUGUGUUGGCGGCAGCAAAACUGUCAAUCUUUUUGGUCAGCUGAUGGACAUAACAGAGAUUGUUAGUGAGUCUGUCGUCCCAUAGGAAGAGUGGGAGCUCUUGAAAGCUGGCGCUUCAUAAGUCAGAAGCUACUGAGCUCCCUUACAGAGUCUUGGGCCCAAGCCAGUUGUUUUCUUGCUAUUACUUGGAACGUCCCACUGUUUUCCUCUUAACAGACCUGAUAGAUAAAAAGGGCAGAUGAAGAAGAUGAGUACAACAUGUGCUUUCCUAGCUUGACAGGAAUGAUAUGUAGAGCAUGUAAACUUAUUACCUUCAACAUUUCGGCUCUAAAUUAAUGAAAUGCUAGGUAUAAAUUAGUGUUUAAAAAAUUAAUUAAAAAUGUUGCUUCAGAACUUCAUCUAUUUUAUUCUGCGAUAGUCAUAAAUGCAGAGUUUUUCCAAAUAAAGAAGAUGCCAGAGAGGGAGAAAUAAAAUCAUUGAAAUAUACAAAAAGAAGUGACUACAGAACACAUUUAAAAUCAUUACAUUUGAUCAAAUGAUUGCAUC